ACAUUUGCUCUGAUCUGAGAUGCAAAGAUUUUUAAUAAAGUCAACGAUGCACCACUUCGAGGUUACACCAUGAGGAAGGAAUAUAUUAAAAAACAAGAAACAAAGACUUUCUUCAUCUACGAUUCAAUCUCUCUCUCUCUCUCUCUCUCUUCUUGAUGGAUUCCUCUCCCACCACCGGGUACGACGUGUUUGUGAGUUUCACAGGGGAAGACAUCGGCAGGACUUUUGUCAGCCAUCUCUACCGUUCGUUGGAACAAAGGGGUAUUCGCGCUUUCAAAGAUGAAACAAAACCCUUUGAGAAUCGCCUGGCUGCUAUCCGAACCUCGAAAAUCGCCGUUGUCAUAGUAUCUAAGAACUAUGUCUCCUCUUCGAGUUGGUGGAUCCUAAAAGAGCUCCAAGAAAUUCUAAAUUAUCAGCGUAGCGGUUACGUCACUAUCUUUCCAGUCUACUAUGGAGUAGACCCUUGCGAUGUGAAGAGACAGGUCGAAGAAUUUGCCACUGAUCAGACGCAAAAGCCAGAAAAGGUGGGAACAUGGAAGGCAUUGAUGGAGCUGUCCAGCUUUUUCGGCGAACAUUCAGACAAAUGGAAGGACGACUCGGAGCUGAUACUGAAAAUCACAAAUGACAUUUGGCAUAAACUGAGCUCUGCUAGAUUUGGUGGACUUGUGGGGAUGGAUCUACGUAUGCGGCGCAUGUAUGAACUGCUGAGUAUAGAGUCUAAAGCCGAUCAAGUACGUAAGACUGGCAUUUGGGGUAGGGAAGGCCUUGGGAAAAGAACACUUGCGAGAUGUCUAUAUAGAGAGAUCUCUCACUCUUUUGAUGUCCAUUUAUCUCUUGGAUAUAUCAGUAGAUUUCAUCAAGAGCACAACCCAUUUGUUUUAAGGCAAAAGCUUCGAUCAGAACUUAUUCAAGCGUCAGGUGGUAUACACAUGAUCUCUGCUGAUGAUGACACAGCAUGGCUAGCGGACCGAAGGGUUCUACUUGUUGUAGAAGGCGUGGAGACAGCUGAACAAUUAUGUAUCAUCAUGGAAGAGGCUAAACUGUUUGGUCCAGGGAGCAGAGUCAUUGUGAUAUGUGAAGACGAGCUUUUGCUUCUUGCCAAUGGGAUAACACUUUUGUACCAAGUUGAACGCCUUGAGUUCUAUGAAGCUCUUGAACUCUUAAGCCUCCGUGCUGUUAAGCAUACUGAUCCUCUUAGCGGUUAUGAACAUCUCUUAACUCGUGCCGUUAAGAUUGGCAAUGGUUAUCCUGGGACAAUUGCUGCAAUCGGCUCAGAAUUAUUUGGUAAACCCGAGGAAGAGUGGGAGACGGUUAUUUCUAAAUACGAACAAUUAUCUGACGAAGGUACUGUAGGAAAAGAGAUAGGUGACUUUGAUGUACCGGAUGACGAGGACAGGUCUCUUUCAAAGAACCCUGCAUCAAAUUAUGUAGGGAUGGAUUGUCAUUUGCAAGCGGUGUGUGGGUUGAUGGAGUUGGAAUCUGGCAAUGAAGUUCGUUUUGUUGGCAUUUGGGGAGUGGGAGGUAUCGGCAAAACGACGCUUGCAAGAUGUGUGUACGAGGAGACCAUGCAAUAUUUUCAUACCCACAUUUUUCUAGAAAAUGUUGGAAAGAUUUAUCAAAACCAUGGUCCAUCAGGUUUACAUGAAGAGUUGCUGUGGAAAAAUAUCCAAAGAGAAGCUUUAGCAGCGAGGAUUUCUAAAAAUGCCUCUGAUGUUGCCAAAGUAAGGCUUCAAAACCGUAAAGUUCUACUCGUUGUUGAUGGUGUGGAUAGUAAUGAACAGAUAAAGGUUGUUCAGAAAGUCGCUACCUGGUUAGGCGCAGGCAGCAGAGUCAUGGUGACGACAAGGGACGAGAAUUUGCUUGUAGAGAACGGCAUAAAACAUGCAUAUGAAGUCAAGUGUCUAAGAGUCCACGAAGCUCUUCAGCUCUUCUAUUAUUUUGCUUUCACGGAGAAAUCACCUUUUACUCGUUUCAAACAGCUCUCUGUUCGUGCUGUCCAGCUUGCUGGCAGAAUUCCUUUAUCUCUUCAAAUACUCGGCUCAUUACUACGUGGGAAAAGUGGACGCGAGUGGAAAAGCGUAUUGCACAAACUUGAAAGGCACCAAGAAAGGAACAAAGCGGAAGUAGGUUCUAUUGAUGUGGUAGUUAGUAGUGUUGAUAAACCAGAUGAUGACAACGUGAAUAUGCUUGAUGGUUCUGAUGUAACAGCUUCGAAGGUAGUGAUUCGGUUGCCUGAAGAAAAUCACAAUGUAGCAAGAGAAUGCAAAAGUGUAUAUGAACAAGAUUGUAUACCUCUUUGGGCCACAGUUUCCAUUUGCGGUGAAAGAUCCGAAAUGGAAGAUGCUAUUACAGCUUUACCACAUUUUCUGAAAAUACCCAUCAAAAUGCUUGUGGAAGAUUAUGAAGAGAUGGGCCCAAGUCUCACACACAUCCCUUGUCAUUUUUUUGGUGUCUAUGGUGGCCAUGGGGGCUCUCAGGUUGCUGAAUAUCGUCGUGAGAGAAUCCAUUUUGCUUUGGCUGACAAAAUCGAACAUAUUAAAGAACUGUGCAAGAGGAACACUGCCGAGAGUAGGCAAGUCCUGUGGGAGAAAGUCUUCACCAGUUGUUUUCUAAGGGUCUAUGAUGAGGUCGUAGAGAAAGUCAGCCGCCAUGGUGUUGGUUCUUCUGAUAGGAUAGUUCUUGAGGGUGUUGCUCCUGCAAAUUCCGGAUCUAGCACAGUGGUUGCUUUGGUUUGCUCGUCAAAUAUAAUAGUUUCCAACUAUGGCGAUUCAAGAGCAGUUUUAUCACGUGGCAGAGAAUCCAUCCGUUUAUCAGUUGUUCAAGAGCUAGAUAGAGAAAAAGAGUAUGCUAGACUAGGGAGAGCAGGAAAAGUUAUACGAUGGCAAGGAGAUCUUGUUUCUGGCGUUCUCGAUGGUAAUGGAUAUCCAGAGCCAUAUUUCAUGCCAGAUCCCAAAGUGACGUUUAUGCCACGAGCAAGAGAAGACGAUUGUCUUAUAUUGGCCAGCUAUGGACUUUGGGAAGUAAUGAGUGACCAAGAAGUUUGCGAAUGUGCAAGGAAACGGAUCUUAAUGUGGCACAAGAAGAAUGGAGCAUUGCCUUUAGCUAAAAGAGGUGUAGGAGAAGACCACGCGUGCCAAGCUGCGGCUGAUUACCUCUCUAAACUUGCCCUUCAAAGGGGAAGCAAAGAAAAUGUCUCCAUCAUAGUCAUCGACUUGAAAGCUCAGAGAAAGUUUAAGGAAAUAUCUUGAAACAGUGUGCUCUCUCAUGCACUAUUAUUACCAUAUCUUGUUUCAUUUUUUUUCUUAUCUUUAUAUGAUCACUUCCGGUUUCAAGUUG